CGGCUAAGCGAAAAACAUUUGACGUUUGACAAAAAACACGAAAUUUUCAUGAAGUUUGCUCUCUUAUAUCUUUUUGUAUAGGAAAGCAAGCAACCUCAGGUUUUUUGCAUCAAUUAGUGUUACUCAACCUCUUUUCAGCCAUAUAUGAAAAGUACUAUGCUUUAUAUGGCUUCACUUAAAUAUUAUCCAUAUCUUGAGACCACUUUUGAGAAAAAAUCUUGAAGCGGGAACGUUUUUUUAAAACGAAGCUUUUGGAGGUAAGGAUUCCGAAGUACCAAAACAAAUCCAAUUUUUAUAAAACUUUCCGUAUAUAUUAAAAAAAGGUUGAGGAAUCUAAUGGAAUGUGAACACUUUUUAACAUUUAUACAUAAAUUUUUAGUUCUCAGUGUUUAAAAACUUCAAGGUUAAUUAUUAUAGAAAAAAAAGUGAUUUUUGAAAGUGUUCAAGUGGAAAUAGCAAAUUCAGCCUUUCCUCUUUUUAAAACAAGUGUUUAAUUAUGUUUUCUUAAAAAAUAGGUGCUUCGGAUUUGUAUAUUAGAAUUCUGUAUAUAUACAUCUAUAUUUCUUCGCGUAUUUUAUGACGUUUUUUGUUUUGAUUUUGCAAUUCCGAAAUUUUAACUACAAAUAAAAUUGAAAAUGAAAGUAUAUUCCUUAUUAAUGACUUGAAUUUUCAAGGCAAUAAAAAUAAAGAUUUUAUAUUUUUAAAGGUAUUUUUUCUGGAUUGCUCAACUACAAGCUUGAUUCUCACUGUUUUUAGUCUGUAGAUUCUCUAAACUGUUUUUUUCAAAACAAAAAGAAAUAGUAAUUAACUAAACUUUUAGUCUAAAGUUUACAAAAUGGAAAUGUGCUGUGAACUUAACAAUCUACGUGAAAUGGUGGUUCAAUCUAUAAGUCAAGAAUCUACCAAAGUGUUGUCUGAAAAAGCAACCUGCAAGAAUAUUUUGGAUUUUCUGGAUAUAAAUGAUGGCAUUAUUUCUCUCAAACAUCCUGAUUUUGUGUUAACCAAUAGUCAUUUUCUACAAAUUUGCAAAGACAAAAAUAAACAUAACAUAACAUUAGAAAAUCUUUCAUUAUUUUUUACAACCUACUGUAAGUAUAAUACCUCUAGAGUGAUGCUUUUAAGGAUCUUAAAAAAGUUAAAAGGUUACAUUGUAAAAUUAAAUCGAGCCAAAAAUUUGGACAUUUUUUGAUGAUGUGCUUGAAGAAACUCAAAACUGCCCACGUACUAAUGUUGUGUCUGAACGUGACUUUGCUUCCUAUGACCGCAGGUUAAAAAUGAAACCUAACAUGACAACAGUAGCUGCAGCUGGUGUGAUCAUGUUUAACAACAACAAAACAGCUGAUUGGAUAGAUGGAAAAUCACAGGAAGUAAUUGAAAGGCUAGUUAUAUUAGCAAGGCGAAAUAGAAAAGGGUAUAUAAGAAAGUACAGAGAGAAAAAAGCAAAUAUAUUGCAGUACAAAAUUGAUGAGAUGGACAAGCGCAACUUAGAAAAGGAAAUAAAGGAACAAAAGGCAAGCGAAGAGAAAGAGUUUUUGACAACAGAAAUCGGAAAGGAUGGUGGUUUAAUUUUGUGUGAAGAGGAUUUUGAAAAAAUUUUAGGAACUGAAAAUGAAAUUGUAAUGAAGUUGCAAAGACAAAU